AAGAAUUUUUGACUAGCCAACAACUGCAUUAGAUAUCAGACAUUGAGAUAUUUUGAGUUUCACUCGAAACGCUCAUCUAAAAAUUCAAAAUGAAAUCAUUUGUGGUUGCCAGCUUCUUAGUUGUCGCACUUGUUGGAGGCGUUUGUUGUCGGAGAUUGCCGAGGCAAGCCGAAGAAGCAGUACCAGAUGUAGACGCAGCAGAUGUUACGACAGCUGCCCCCAAUCCCAAAGUUGAAAAACUGAAUAACGCCAUGUCAUUCAUGUUGGCGGACUUGAACAACCAGGCAGCUUUGGGGGUACCACUGGAUCCCAAGAAAGUUGCUGCGAUCAACAAAUUGGCAAUGAUUGUGACCAUCUUGGGAGGUGAAGUCAACGAACCAAACCAGGUCAUGAUGUCCAACCUUGCAACGCCGCCACCCGCUUAUGCUGACAAAGGCGCUGCUGCAUCUGCUUAAAUAAAAACUGCUCACCAAGACGGCCGUUGCUCAAACAAUCAAUUGUUGUAUAAUCUUGUAAGAACUUGGUUUCACCGAGGAAGAUGAGUUUCGAAUUUUGAGUUUAGUUUCUUGUAAAAUUAAAAGAAUCAUAAUUCAUUACGUCAUUUUCUUCUGUUAGUUCUUGUUGAAGAUGACAUCUCAUGUUGGAUUGUACAAAUGUUUUUAAAAUAAAUACCAGUUAUUGCAUUUAAAAA